GUGAUCUCCUUGUGGAAUAGAAGAAAACCCUGUAUUUAAGCAUGAAGUGCCUGCAGUCCAGAGGUAGUGUCAGUGGUUGGAGACCUGGAGAGCAGGGUUUGAUACCCUACCCUGGUGAAGCUUUUUCUUAAAUUUGGGCCAAAAAUCACCAAAAAUAGGGGAAAAAUGCAAAAAAAAAAAAAAAAUCACCUGCGUUUCUUUUCCCCUUCCCAUCUUCUCCCCCUUCCCUUCCCUUCCUUUCCCCACUUUCUCUGUCACCGACUUUUGUUUCCAGUUGUCGUUCACCCAUUUGUGAUACUCCUUGGUUCUCAGACUUCAGUUCCAUUUACUGUAUAUCCAUUUGUGUUACUCCUUGUUUCCCAGGCUUUGGUUCCAGUUGUUGUUUCUCCCAUUUGUGUUACUCCUUGGAUUUGAACCGACGACGCUCCACAUCAGAGUCCACUACCGUACCGCUUGGCUAUUGUGGUCCAUACUGGCUUACAGCUUUAGUUUCAUUUUAUCACGUAAAGCAUGGUACUGAAUACGUCCAAAAAGGUUCUCAGUCAGGAUUUGAACCGUGGAUCUUCCGUAUUUCAGGCACAGAACUUGCGUCUGCACUAUCUUUCACGCAAGGUUUCUGAUAUAGAUUGUGUUAAUGAUGGUACCAAGAGGUUCUCAGUCAGCCAAAAGACAGAAAAAGCCUUGAGCUGGUUUUGAACCAAGAACCUUGUGUUCCAAAUGCACAGAACUUACCACUGCACCAUCCUUCUUGUCAGGUGUAGCUCUUAGUUUUCUGAAAUGAUGGUAUGAAUAUUUAAGAGGUCAAAGUACAAAAAAAAGGUCUGGAGGGGGAUUUAAACCAUGGACCUUCAACAUCAGAGACACAUAACUUACUUCUGCACCACCUCUCUUACAAAAGCCAGAUUUCGCUUUUUGUUGUAAUGAUGGUACCGAGAGGUUCUCAAGAAGCCAAAGAACGAAAAGAGUCUUCAUGCUGGAUUUAAACCAUAAGCCUCCUGAACAAGAAGCACAGAACUUAUCUCUGCAUCAUCUGUCUUACAAAGUGUAGCUCUUAGUUUUCUUAAAUGAUCGUACAAAGAAGUAUGAAAGAGGACAAUGGACAAAUAAAAAACAGUUUUUGAGGGGGAUUUGAAUCAUAAACCUUAGACAUGAGAGGAAUAAAAUAUACCUCUGCACCAACCAUCCCACAUGCUGAAGCCGUAACUAUGCUUAAAUGAUGGUACCAGUAAAGAGUGGAGUGGAGUGGGCAAAGGAUAGACCAAAGGUCUGAAGGGAGAUUUCAACCACAAACCUUCAACAUGAGAGACACAAAGCUUAUCUGUGCACCAUCUUUCCCACAAAAAUUGGCUCUAACUUUGCUUAAAUAAUGGUACCAUUUAAUAUUUGCGAGGACAAAGUCCAAAUAUUUAUUUAUUUAUUUCAUAGGGAUAGUACAUAUUAAUGAACACAAGUGCAAAUAUGCCAGAUUAUAGCCAAAGGCUAUAAUGCCUGUGGGGGAUUUGAACCAUAAACCAUCAACACAAAAGACACCGAGCUUACCUCUGCACCAUGUGUCACAUAAGUUGACAGCUUGAGUUUGUCGUAAUGACGAUACCAAGAGGUUCUUGAUGAGCCAAAGGACAAAAAGUGCCUUCUGCUGGAUUUGAACCAAUUACCUCCUGGGCCGGAGGUACAUCACUUAUCACCACACUGUCUUUCUCACGUGGGGUAGAUCUUAGUUUUCUAAAGAAAUAUUGAGGAGGUCAAGCUAGCGAAUGAAGGUCCAAAAAAGGAUUUGAACCAUGGCGCUUCAACAUAAGAGGCACGAAACUUACUUGUACACCAUCUUUCCCACAAGGUGCAAUUUUAACUAUGCUUAAGUGAUGGUACCAGUUAAUAUUGGAGCGGACAAUCAAAAGGUAUGGAGGGGAAUUUGAACCACAAACCUUCAACAUGAGAGACACAGAACUUAUCUUCUUACAAGUUGUAGUUCUUAGUUUUCUUAAAUGAUGGUCCAAAGAAGUAUUGAUGAGGUCAAACUGGCAAGUGUCCUGAGCUGGAUUCGAACCAAGGACCACCCAUGCAAGAGACACAGAAUGCACCUCUGCACCACCUUUCUCACAGAGUUCAAGCUUGAGUUUCUUCUUGUGAUGGUACUCAGUGUUUUCAUGAGGCCAAAGUGAAAAAGCUGAACUUGAACAAUGAACCUCCUCCACAAGGAAGCAUCAGACUUUGCUCUACCCCACCAUGUCUUACAGCUGUUUUUGCUCUAGUUUCUUCCUAUCAUGGUACCAAGAAGAUUCUUGAGGAUAAACUGCAAAAUGUUUCCCAAGAUUGGAUUUGAACCACCAACCUUCAAAAUGAAGAUGUAACAUUUCCACCAAAUCACCAACUGAACUGGUUGAGCAACUCAACAUGUCUUUGUCUUGGAGAGUCUUGAUUGUCUGAAUAUUGUGUAUUUUUGUUAUUUGUUGCUUGACUUGUCAUGGAGAAGCACUCACAAAGUUAAACAGAACUUUUCAAGUGUGUCGGGAAAGUUCGUUGACUUUUUGUUUGUUUGUUUGUUUGUAUUUGCUGACAGAAAAAAAUGUUUGGUUGGAUUAGAUCCAGAGAUCUUCUGAUCAAAAGUGAGCUCCUUUAACCUCCAAGGUGUCAGGUCAUACCAUAACAGCUCAGAAUCAGAUCUGACAGCCGGAGGUGUUUAGAAGUUCUAGGUUCUGGUAAGAAGUCGGACUCAAACCAGUGACUCAAGCACUCGAACCAGGAUUUAAAGGCGAGAAAUGAAGCUGUAAAGCCACCAAGAAGCGUUUGAUCUGGAUGUUUCCUUUUGUGUGGUUUUCACUUUUCAUUUUGCUUGCUCGUGUUCCAGAGAUACAAAUGAUCUUAAGAUUGAAGCCCACAGUUCCAUUCCCUAAACAAUCCGUCAUCACUCUGAACUACUGGGCCACACAUUGAAAACUCUUCUUGGACGUCUUUCUCUCUUUAUUUUCAGUGUUAGACUUCAAAAGUCUUUCAUAAGAUUCAGACCUGUGACUGCUAAAUGUUCACCCAUGAUCAUCUGCAUUUCUUCAAGCCUUUAAUUUUUUUGUCUGCAUUUUCAGGACCAAACUUCUAGGACCCGUGUUUUCAUUUCACCUACCGAAUUUGAGUAAUCAAAGAACAUCAUUUCUGGCCAAGAUAGACAACAGUCACAGUCUGCCUCUGCCUCGUAAGGCGUUUUUUUUGGCCAAAAUUCAUGAUGUUUUUUUUUUCCCAAAGAGAACAUUACCAUAGUGUUUUUCACAGCCUAAUUUACAUUAUUUCAUCAUAUGGCAUGUUUUUACAUGUCAAAAAAUCUCAUUUUUGUUUGACAUAGUAUAGUCGUCUUCUUUUCCCUUCAGGGGUCGCCACUGCGAAUCAAUUGCCUCCAUCUAACCCUGUCUUUUGCAUCCUUUUCUCUCACACCAACUACCUUCAUGUCCUCUUUAACCACAUCCAUAAACCUGUGAGGAGACAAAGCAGAAAUGAUUCACACACCACACAUGAAGAAAAGAAAACAUCAGCGUGUAAAAUACAAUAAUGAGUCCUAAACAUCACUGGUGAUGAAGCUGGAGGCAGAAAAACUGAAAGAAAAACUGCAAAGUGACCAAUGAGCAGGAGAGCUUUUGUCAGUAUUGCGCCUAGAUACAUCCUGUUCAGCAAAUUACAAUAUUUUUGGAGUUAUAGAUGCCACAAAAUUAUCUGCAAAUGGAAUUAUAUGAGAGACAUCUGGACUUUAGCCCUCUCCAACAUAGGUUGGUCAAGAUGCCCCCCUUCCUUAAUGAGAUACAAAAGUCCACUUUAAAAGACCACAUCUGAAAGCACCACUUUGAGUCCUCCUUUACCAGCAGAACAAUCCUUGACCAUAGGGUUCUCCUAUCUGAGAACCAUCCAUCGAUCCGAGGCUCCACUCUGUCCACCGCUGUUCUGACCCACAUCAACAAAGACCGACCGGACCAUCCACCGAGUCAUCAUCAUCAUCACAGCACGCAAGUACCUUUCAGUCACUGGAACUUGGUGCCACUUUCCCAAACGAUCUUUUCAAAGAUAAAAUUCAAAGGCUAACAAAUUAGCCUCCUACCAAAUUUAAAACCAGCUGCAGCUUCUGCUGAAGCCUCAGAUUACAACUUGAAGCUUUGAAAGUCUCAUUAUUUGAUGUCAACUCCAACAUGAAGUAGUGCAGAGACAAGACAGAAUAAACCUACUUUAGUUUGUAUUUGCUUCAACAAACCACCAGAAAUAUCUCAGCUGUUGUGUCUGUCACUAUUGUCACAUUUGAUGUUUUCAAACUAUCUGUCAGUUCGUUCAUUCACUGAUUCACUGGAGCUCAUUGGGAGCCCAAAGACAACGCUGGACUGUUGUCUUUUCUCUCCUCUCUUUGUAAUUUAUCAGGUCAUUUUCUCUGAAUUAAUCAAAGUGAAUUGACUGAGCUCACCUGGAUUCAGUGUCCUGCAUCCUGGAUCUGGAGCCACUGUACAGCCACAAUAGAAACAACAACAAACAAGCAUCAGCUGCAGCUGAUCCACCUCAACUAUCUCACAAACAGCCUCAAUCCAAAGCAGGAGGCGCCACCUGGUGGUCGGAGGUGGAACCAAGAAACAGAAAAGUCCUGACCAAUGACGUACAUAUAUAGCUAUAUAUGUACGUCAUUGGUCCUGACCGUUAAAAACCAGGAAACCAAAAAUGCUAAUGUAGUCGGACUUAAUAUGCUGCCACAGGUUAAACUUGCAGAACUCUGCCCAAUUUAACCAAAAGCUGCUGCACUCUCAUAACGACUCUACGCGAAGGGGGUGGGGCACUUUAUUUCAAAUUGCGAUAUAUCUUACCCGAAAUUAAGAAUUCCUGGGCUGCUCCGAAAAUCGAAAAAUAUUAUAUUGUUGUUAUUUUGGUAAUUAAAAUGACACAUGGUGUUUUAGUUGAUAGUUUAACUUCAACCUGUAGCGGGUUCGAAUCCGGCCCAGUCCAAUCUGGUGCGUCCCACCAAAACAGGAAGUUUCAGAGUUAGUCACUGCGAGCUAGCCAACCUGCAAGGUACACACGGACACUGCUAUGAUGCCACAAAUGUGCUAGUAUUGUGGAAAAUCUGCCACUGUUGCGGGUCGCCCAGGACUUGCUGUGGCGUGGCUGUGAGUAAACAUGUUUAUCGACGUAUGUUUGUGGUUUAUGACUUAAGUGUGUUACAAGUUUCGUGGUUUGCCGACUAGCUAGCUGUGAGCUAACGUUAGCCUAGUUUCCAUCAGGUUCUGAGGUUAGCCCCAGUGCUAACCGCUGAUCCUACACGUCCUCAUUUGUCUGAGCCAGCUGGUUAGACAGCACCGUAACAUGAAGUUAUGGAGGAGCGGAAGCUAAAGAGAAAGAGCACCAGGAGUACGUCCACCAACCCGGCGGCUCCGACCAGUGGCUCUGGCCGGAAAAACAGCGCUUCGUCCGGGGGACGGCACGUCGGCUACAGCCAUACCACAGGGACGCACUCCAGCCAGAAGAGCAAGAGGAGGGGAGCCAGAGAUAAACCCAGAUAUCAGCAGGGUUUACGGGGUAAAGCUAAUCAGAAUCAGGGACAGGCAGCACCCAUCAUCCAGCACUCCUUUCUGACUGAUGUCUCAGACGUACAGGAGAUGGAGAACGGUCUGCUCAGUCUGCUCAACGACUUCCACUCAGGGAAACUACAGGCUUUUGGUAAUGAAUGCUCUAUCGGACAGAUGGAGCAUGUGAGGGAGAUGCAGGAGAAGCUGGCUCGUCUGCACUUCGACCUGUGUGGGGAGGUGGAUGAAAUGCCCGAGGAGCAGAGGAAGGUGGCGCGUGACACCAACAUGGACAAGCUACUAUUUAAUCUUGAGGAGCUGAGUUCUUCCAUUCAGAAGCUGAAUCUCGCCGACACUCAAGAGAUCCCGAAGACUGCCAGCAUGUGAUUCUCCUCCUCUCGACGCCACCUGAUCCAGCAGUUAUUGUUAUUUCUGCCACCUGCAGGGCCAGUAGUGGAUGGGUUGGAGUGUAACCCAGCUUGCAGACACUAUUUCUUUGAAUUUUUAUGACAGACGUGGCACCAGAGCUGUUCAUCUGCGGUCCUUGUCCCUGCAGGUGGAUUGAUGUACUGUUCGGUGGCCUACAGGGAUGCACACCGACAGCAUCAGUUCUGUAAAGUGGUUCUUUGAGAGGACCGAUCUCAUCGGAUGCAAGGUGCAAUAGUGAACUUACCUUUGAUUGUCAGAGUUACUGGUGUCAGAAAAGUCGGUGAGACUUCAAGCGAACAGUAUUGUGUAUUUUACAGUUUGACUUUGAUGCAUCCCUGUCAUGACUGUUCUAAAUCAGGCACUAAUUCUCAGUCUAGAUUGACAGUACAUUGCUAACCAAAGUAAUUGUGAUCGCCCAAAAGUGAAAUUACUGCACACCUACUGUUGACUUGUGUCUAACAUUACAAACUAAAGAUGUGGACCUCUAGUGUUCCAAACAUCCAUUUAGAAUGUAUUUAUAGUAGUUUCUCAACAUAUAGCUUUAAAUACAAGUGUAUAUCUUACCUGUGAGAUGCUAAAAAUACACACACACACUAUAUAAAUAUAUAUAUGUACAUACACUACUGUUGAAAAGUUUGGGGUCACUCAGACAAUUUCAUGUUUUCCAUGAAAACUCCCACUUUUAUUCAUGUGUUAGCAUAAUUGUACAAGGUUUUGCUAAUCAUCAGUUAGCCUUUCAACACCGUUAGCUAACAUAAUGUAGCAUUAGGACACAGGAGUGAUGUUUGCAGGAAAUGUUCCUGUAGAUAUUCCAUUCAAAAUUUCCAGCUAGAAUAGUCAUGUAGCACAUUAGCAAUGUCUACACUAUAUUUCUGAUUCAUUUAAAGGUAUCUUUACUGAAAACAAAAAGCUUUUCCUUCAAAAAAUAAGGACUUUUCUGAGUGACUCCAAAUGUUUAAAUGGUAGUAUGUGUGUGUGUAUAUGUAUAUCCCCCCUGAUUAAAAACCUUUGAAUCAGUCAAACUAUGACAAGUAAAUGCACAGUAACGUAGUCGAGUGGUUUUGCGUUGAUUUCUCGCUGCACGUUCGCAGCCUGACAGCACCUCCAGCACAUUGUUCAGUGUUGAAUAUAUUUGCACAUAUCCAUGCAACAUGAGAGCCCAUUGCACAAGAUCACUGGUGUGUUGCUUUGACGCUGGGAAAGACUUUACAAUCCAAAUGUCGACCUCACAACCAUGCCUUAAUUUUUUUUAAUUUAAUCAUUUUUGCCUUAUUGGUUCUAAACCUUCUGGUGAUUUCCAUAGCUUGUGACGGUUUUAGGUUGUGGCGUUUUAAGAGAAUCGUUUGAUGCUGCUUUGAUUGUAAAUCCUGUUUUAUUUCGCCACUGCCGACUUUAAGUAGUGUUCUUGUGGGAUGUGGGGUGUUUCACUGUUAACUUUGAUUUUAACUGAAUAAAUGUGUUUCUCUGAA